CCCCCUCUCCCGCCAGUCGCCGAGAGUCCAGGAAACUGGAUUGCAGCUGCGGACCGGUUGGGCGAGCCUCGCGCAAGCGCCAGCGGCUGGUGCGCGCGGCGCGAUUGAUGUCAGAGUGUGUUGCUGAGGAGACCGGGCAGUUACUUGUGUCUCCACUAUGGCAGCUCUGCGGUACGCGGGCCUGGACGACACGGACAGCGAGGAUGAGCUGCCCCCGGGCUGGGAGGAGAGAACCACCAAGGACGGCUGGGUGUACUACGCCAAUCACACCGAGGAAAAGACCCAGUGGGAACAUCCGAAAACGGGCAAAAGAAAACGAGUCGCAGGAGAUUUACCAUAUGGAUGGGAGCAAGAGACCGAUGAGAACGGACAAGUGUUUUUUGUUGACCACAUAAAUAAAAGAACUACCUACUUGGAUCCAAGAUUGGCAUUUACUGUGGAUGAUAAUCCGACAAAGCCAACCACCAGACAGAGAUACGAUGGUAGCACCACCGCCAUGGAAAUCCUGCAGGGCCGGGACUUCACGGGAAAGGUGGUCCUGGUUACCGGAGCGAAUUCAGGAAUAGGGUUCGAAACCGCCAAGUCCUUUGCCCUCCACGGUGCGCACGUGAUUCUGGCCUGUAGGAACAUGGGCAGAGCCAACGAAGCCGUGACCCGCAUUCUGGAGGAGUGGCACAAAGCCAAGGUGGAAGCAAUGACCCUGGACCUGGCUGUGCUCCGUAGCGUGCAGCAUUUUGCUGAAGCAUUCAAGGCCAAGAAUGUGUCUCUGCAUGUGCUUGUGUGUAAUGCGGCGGGUUUUGCCCUGCCCUGGAGCCUCACGAAAGAUGGCCUGGAGACGACCUUCCAGGUGAACCACCUGGGACACUUCUACCUUGUCCAGCUCCUGCAGGACGUUCUGUGUCGCUCAGCCCCUGCCCGUGUCGUCGUGGUGUCGUCCGAGUCCCACAGAUUUACAGAUAUUAACAAUUCCUCCAGGAAACUAGACCUCAGCUAUCUGUCUCCAUCAAAGAGUGACUACUGGGCUAUGCUGGCUUAUAACAGAUCCAAACUCUGCAACCUCCUCUUCUCCAGCGAGCUGCACCGCCGCCUCUCCCCACGCGGGGUCACAUCCAAUGCCGUGCACCCUGGGAACAUGAUGUUCUCAUCCAUUCAUCGCAGCUCGUGGGUGUACACGCUGCUGUUCACCUUGGCCCGGCCAUUCACCAAGUCCAUGGACCCCUUUGCCUUGUCAGAAUCAUCUAUGUCUGGCAAGUAUCUCGAAAUACUUUACCUCAGAAGCUAAGCAUGAUUAGCAAAGCAGGAAGCUGUGGACCCAGGGCACAGAAUGACCUCUUCACUCUAGAACUGCAGCAUGACCUUGAACUGUUGAUGAAGCUUGCCUGUUGAUGAAGGAAUGAGGAGGCGCUGAUCCUUCAGACUUCUCUCCUUCCCUGGGUAGCCAGAGGUGAAGGGAGGUGCUUUCCCAGAAGAGGAGGUGGUACUUUAAGAUCAGCGAGAGGCAUCAGUAUUGUUUGCGUGAUUAAUGAGUCCGUGUUGCCAACGCUCUCAUUUAAUGUAUCUGCGCCUCCUAAGAACAUUUCGUUUCGUGUGCUUCGACUGGGUUUGAGAUUUAUGAGGCCUAACUUGCAAGCGAUGUGCGCCUGGAUUAAGGGAACCUGAGACUGUCUAUUUAUGUCCGACCCGAGGAAAUUCCCUGUAAGCUGCUUAUCAGAGUUGCUUGCUCAGAGCAUGAUGGGAAAAUCUGGACUCUGCUCUCAUUCCAUUUUCCCUGCACAUUCAGAAAGUAAGUCCACCUGUAUGUAUCUGCUGACUGAUCCACUUUUGUAAAUUUAGUUUUAUAAUACAUUUACUCUGUGAUUCUCAGUUUUACUCCUAACACCAAACCUUAAGGGUGUAAUCAGUAUAUUCUUCACUGUAAAACAUCAUGUCUGAUCAAGGCGAUUCUGAGAAAUUUAAUGUAAGUUCUUUACCCCCAUCUAUUAAAACACCCAUGAGAUGAACACUUUCUAUCUGUAUUUUUUUUCUUUAUUUGAAAAUUUUUUUCACACUGUAAUAAUUAGGCGUCUCUUUAAAAUCUUGAGAGAAGUGCAUGAAAUCCUGCCACGCGUCUGUCUUCAAUUGCUCCACCAGGGGGCACUGUGGUUUGACUGCCCAUUUAUACGGCCUAUCUUCUUUAGGACACAGAAGCAAUCCUAUCUGGAAGCAAACAGAUGUCAAUUCUUUCUCCUCACUAGCGAACGGCAGUGUUGUCAAGUUUGUUAAACUUAGCCUGCUGUAGAUUAACAUGCAGUGUAUAAUAUGCAUGAGCCUAACUGUAUAAUAAAUAGUAAAUCACAUUUUUAUGCUUUCUCUGAACUUGGAGGCUGCAAGUUAUUAGUUUUUUAUUCCCUGAGUGUGAUGAAAUAAAUAACCUUAAAAUACAUUUUAAAGAUGUCAGUCAGGGAGGGGAAAAAAGUGCUUGGCAACUGUAUUUGAUAGAUUUCUUUUGUGAUUAAUUCUCUUGUUGAGUUUUAAUGACUUUAAAGGUAUAAAGCUAGAAACUACAAAAGUAGGCAUGGUUAAUAAAUAACCAAAAUACCAGGUGUGUAGAGACGCAUCUGUGGAAAACUGAAAUAAAAUAUAUCUCUAGGUUGUAUUUGGAAAUAGCUCUUUGGGGGGAGUGGGUAAGAGUAUUAAAACAGUGAACAAAAGGGUUGCUUUAUUUUUCCAGAAAAUUCUUUCAGAGAGUGCUCCCUAAAAUUCACCUAUGUACACUAAAUUAUUUUAUGAACUAAUGUUUAUUAGCAAGAUCAGUGUCUUGAAACGCCUUUGUCUACCUGGAAUUUUUGGAAGGUGCUUACAAACAUCUCCCGGUUUUUUGUUUUGUUUUGUUUUUUUCUCAUACCUCCUUACCCAGCUCUCUUUCCUGGCUCCCAUGAGAACUGCUUUCCUGAUGAGCUGCCUCUAACAGGCUCAGAGAGCUGGGUCAUUCCAAAAGACAGGAUUGUGUGGACUGCGUUUCAAUAAUACUGUCAUUUUCCCCCUUUCUUGAACACUCAGAGUUUAUGAGAUAUGACCCAGUUUAUCCUGAAAACCUCCCUGCAAAUCGAGGCGGGUGUGAGAACGAAUGUCAGUUUCCAAACAGCAAGCGUAAGGCCCAUCACGGGGCUUGGUGGAUUGUCCCAGCUGUGUGAACCUCCCCUCACCCCACUGGAAGGCCAGAUCCAGCACAUUAGCCCUACAUCCUUACUCCUACCCCUCACAGGCGGCACUGGCUUAUUGACUCCCUAGCACAUCUCAACUUGAGUUCUUAAGCCCAGCAGUUUAGAAACCAAACACACAUUAAUUAAUAUGAGUAAUGACUUGGAAGAGUUGUAGGCCCCCAGAAGAAGAAUGUAUAAAUGGACAUAUUUGCACACAUGCUUUUAUGUCCAAAAGGAGAUAAAUGGUGUGUUGAACACAAUUCCGUCUCCUCCGUGAAGGGCUAUUACUGUCUCUCUCUCUCUCUCUCUCUCUUUUUUUCUGACUCCCCCAAAUAACAAUAGGCCAGGCACAUUUUAAACAGAGCGGCUCCCCGCUCCGAUCUCCAGAACUUCAAAGUUGAAAGAUCUUUAAAACAAACAAACAAACAGACAAAACACACACACACAGGUCUUACUUCUGAAAGCGCUCAGAUUGUAACUGAAGUCUAAUUAUCUGCUUUCCCCAUGGCUGGACUGAGGAAGCAGACAGAAUGUUGUGCCCUGCUGUUUGUAUUAGUUCCUUUCAGAUGACCACACUUGCCCAGUAUUCAAGGCAACUUCCACAGGACUGCACCUUAUCUAAGUAGCCUGUGUUUUAGAAGGAAGGCAGGGUCCUGCCAGGCCCAGACCUGUUCAGGAUGAGAGAACAAAUAAACCCACCCAUCACCCCCAACCCUACAAAAUCAUCUUCUGUUUUUAAGGACUUGGAAUGGGGGUAGGGUUUAGCUCAGAUGUCAGUGAAGAUGAGGCUACCCAGCCAGACACCCACGUCCUGAGGAUCGCUGCCUGCCGGAGUUCAGUGACCUGCCUAUCAAGGCCUGGCUUCUUUCUUGCUAGGGAAGUUGCUGGGUCCUGUGGUUAGCAACGCCCUCCUUCCCAGGCCUGGACGUGCCUCCCAGAUCUAGCUAGCACACACAGCGUGAAGACUGAAGGCUGGAAGGAGCCCCAAGCAUUUGGCCAGGAAGAGGCAACCAAUUCCAGCUGGCCCCAUGUGCUGAGCUUUUAAAAUUACCCAAAUGAACUGACUUUGUAGAGAGUGGGUGGAGAGGACUCCAGGGCUCUCUCAGGGUGGGGGUGGGGGUGUGAACUCAGCCUCUCCUUAAUCAGGAACAAUGCGAUUUGGAGACAGGCGGGGGUUGGCUUUGUAGAGCCCGUUGCCUUAGCUGAGAGCAAGGGACGAGAUGGUCUGGCAGGAAAGUUCACCACUCUGGCUUGGCCCCUUCCAGACCCCUCACACCGCGCGAUCUGCUCGAGUAUCAAGUUGGUCUGUGUUCAAGGCCAGCAGAGCCUUCCCAGAGCCGGACAGGCUUCAGGUUUGGGGGCUUCUGUGGACGUGAAAAGGCUGCCCCCGAGCUGCAAGGCAUCCCUCCAAACGUACUUGGACACCCUGCUCUCUCGUUCCCUGUGGACUGAAGGGCCGUGUUCUCUUGGCCCCGUGCCCAAGUGAGUUCUUGGCACACGUCAACAUUGUAUCGCUUUUGCUUCAGAGGAGAAUCUGCUCAGCAACUCAGCCACUCUGUCAAGCCAGGAGGCUCUCUCCUGUGCUCCUAAAAUUUCCCCCUAACCUGAGAAAGAGAAGACGAAAAUGAAAGGGAAUCUGAGUGUUUCUCCCAUUUUUAUUGUAUUCCCUCCACUCCUCAGAGUGGCUGCUUGGGAAUCUCCACAGCCCUACCCAGCUACCCAGAUGCCCUUUGACCAGCCAGGGCAUGUCACCACACCUGGCCAGCUCCAGCAGUGCCCUGUUCACUAGCUGGCUCCUGUUUGAGGCUAGGGGCUGAUUAGUGAUGGUUUACUAGAGACCUGUCUUAUGGUGAGUCCCAGACCCUGUCUACUCCAUACGGCUCGGAGAGACACACAGGAGAAGUGAGGUGCCCAAGAGCCAUGCCGAUGGAAGAGAAUAUCAGUCGUUGCUCAUUUUUUAAAGGCACACUUAAGAGCAAUAGUAUAUGCAUACACAUUUAUUUUCCAGGGUUUGGGGAUGUAGCUUGGCUGGUAAGGUGCCUGUUGCAUAAGCAUGAGGACCGGAGUUCGGAUCUCCAGAACCCAUUUAAAUAACCUGAGCGCUCAGCUAUAACCCUGGGGAGUUAGCUAUAAUCCCUGGGGAGGCAGAGACAGGCAGAUUCUAGGGUCUCUGGCCAGCCAACCGAGCUGAACCAGCAGGCUCCAGGUAGAGUGAAAGGGUGAUUCAAAGGUGAGGGUGGGGUGGGGUGGAGAGUAGCAGAGGAAGAUACAGAAGGUUGACUCCUAGUUUGCACACUCAAGGAUGUGUGGGCGUUACCUGCACCCAUGUACACACACACAGUACAACACACACACGCUAUAAAACUCUACUAAUAAAAAAGCAAGGCUGGACAGAUGGCUCAGCAUUAAGAGUGCUUGCUCCUCUUCUUUUAAAGUUUGGUUCCCAAAACACAUAUUAGGCAGCACAUAACCAUCUGCAUCUCUAGUUCCAGGGACUGUGACAACUCCUCUGGCCUCUGCAGGCAUCUUCACGCAUAUUGCAUGCAUACACACACACAUACAACACACACACCCACAUACACACAUGUGUGCACAUACACCUCACACACAUAUAACAUGCAUGUGUGUGUUCUCUCUCUCAUACACACACACACACACUUAUGCAUACACACACAUACAAUAAAAAAUAAAUAAAACCUUUUGGCCAAGCACUGUACGUCCCAUUUUAAAUUCAAAGUAUGAAUUAUGACCAAGAAGCAUGGGCGUUUAUUUUAAGCAGCUGACCAUCAGGGAAAAGGCAACAAACCAACGCUGUGUCACGGACAAGUGACAGGGUACUCUGGCUCAUGUCUCGUAGAUGUGCUACAGCUGUCCCCUCUCCUGUGAGUUCUUUGGUAGACAGCUAGUGUGGUCAGUCCAUUAAAUGCUGUCUGUGAUAUGAUGUUCUGCAGAUCCAUGCACACAAGCCCCCAGCACGUCCCACUGGGUCUCUUGCCCUGGAGGAAACAGGCACGUGGCAUCCUUGUUGCAGACAUCCCAUCUUUGGCUGCACCCAGCUUCCUGUUGUGGUCCUGUCCCUAGUCCAAGAAAGAUGCCUCUUGAUACGUCUUGGAACAGAGAUAUGGUGGACGAGGAAACACCCUCUGUGCUUCUAUGCAUUGCUGUCGCUGCUGGGUGCUGCGUAGAGAGAGAGCAGUCCUGUGGCCUAACUUUCCGAACAAGGUGUGUAAGAGUCGCAGCCUCGUAAGUGCACAAGUUUAGGCCAAACAAAACAAAACAAGACAAAAAAAAAAAAACAAAAAACAAAAAACAAACAAACAAACAAAAAAAAAACAGAAAAAGACACAGUGCUUUGACUGCAGGAUGCAAUUAGGAGCUAUGCAGAAUGGGCUGGCCAACCUGGCCAUAGAACCAGGGUUUAUCUAGGUUUCACACCCAACUUUUAAUUCUCAAACCAAAUUUUUGCCUUGGUAAUGAUAGCAAAUAAUUCAUAACACAGUCGCUAUAUUUUAUUUUAAAAUAUUUAUUUUCUUUUUAAGUGUGUAUACACAUGUGCGUCUAUGUGUGGCUCUAUGCACAUGAGCAUAGAUGCCAAUGGAGGCCAGGAGAGGGUGGAGGCUGGCAUUUCAGGUCAUUGUGAGCCGCCCAGUGUGGUGCUGGGAACUGAACCUCUGCAGGAACAGCAAGUGCUCUUAACCACUGAGCAUCUAUCCAGCCACAUGCUUGUUUCUUCUUAAGAAAAUGAAAGGCAGCUAUGCUUUGUACCUCUAAGGAAUAAAAAAUAAAAAGCUAAUGAUCCCAUGAGGUAGAAAGGGAAAACAGUGCCACGGGGAGGCUGUCUGCUGUAGCCCUGUCAACAGGAACCACAGUUGAUCACUCUGUACAGGGUGGGCCCUAAUGCUGUUCUCACUGCCUUCUUUGCUGAGCUACCAAUUCUUCCAGACACAGCCCUCUGAAUAUCUUCUGCUGUUGUGCUCCAGCUGUAGAUCACCAGCCUGUGUUCCAAGGGGUUCCCUCUCCCCCCUUUUUUAAGGAGACAACACAGGGAUUUGCUGGCAGAAUGUCUUGAUGUGUGUGUGUGUGUGUGUGUGUGUGUGUGUGUGUGUGUGCCUACCUUUAUAGUCUUGCAUAGUGGGCACUGUGUCCACUAUGCAAGUAACUAAAUUAUUUAAUUAAUAUCAGAGCUAAAUGGCUUUCCUGUAUUUUCCUUUUCUUAAAACCACAUCUGACCAUUACCCAUGCUUCUGUAGUCAUGUCCAACCUGUGGUCUGUUGGUCAAGUUGGGCCAAGGAUGGGUAUCCGUGCUUCCCAACACAAAAUCAUAAACCCACUGUAAGCAUUUGGAGAUACUGUUUCUGAAACUUUUGUUUUGUACUUUGAUGACACCAUGAACUUUGUAAAUGACAACCUCAUGUCACAACGUCAAGAGGUUGAUCAAAAGACUUCCUAGAUCAAUUGGGUUGCAAUAGUGGAAAGAUCUAAACAUGUAUUUACCAAAUCGAUGCUUCAGACCUUGCAUUUAAAGAUACUGCCUUGAUGUCUUGAGAGCAGCCAUGGCAGGAGUAUUUACACCAUGGGAAUAGGCAAAAGCUACAGACCAACACUUGAUUGAUUGCUUUAUUUACACGAUCUUUCUGGAGAAGGUCACUACAGUGUUCCCAUUGCGGAUGAAAUUUCAGGCUAACAUACCUGUACCUACUACAUUGUGAAUGCACAAUGCACCAAAUUCAAGACUGAAUUAUCCAAUCCAGCAAAGACUUCAUUCAUACAAAUGAAGAAUGUGUGGAGUGCCAAAAUAUGUCUAUCUUUGUGUUUCCGCUCAUCCUGAAGAUUCACUCUGAGUCAUCAAGCCACACUCAGAUGGGAUGGCCCUGGCUCAUCAGAGGCUCAGCUCUGGAUACAAGUGUUUGUCACAAAUCAAUAAAAAACAAACAAAAAACUUCUUUGAGCACCAGUUGGCUGUGUGACAUGUAUAACAAAGAGUGUCGCGUGUUUUUAUUGGUGAAGGCCAUGCCGGUUGUCCUUUGCACUAGCAAUCGUGUGACAGCCCCGUGUGCCUGUUUAUAUGCUCUCUUUUAUUUUUGGAAAGCCAGUUGUUAAUAUUUAUCAGAAUAUUGGAACCACUUCAGGCAGCUGUGUGAUUGAAAGAGUGCUUGAGGGUCUGUGCCGUGGGAAACGUGCAACAACGCUGUCCCCACCACCACUGAGAUGGUGCUCCUUGGUCAUAGGCAUGGAUUACCCGGGGCACGGUGGCCUGACCAGUAGCAGACUCACCCUGUCAUAUCCUACCCACACUCCCCGCUCAGGAGAGCUCAGUAUGGCUCCAUAAACCCAUAAGUCUGCAGUCCCAAGGUGUUACUUUUCAGAGAGCAAGGAUCCUUUAUGGCUGGCAAAUUGCAAGUCCUCCUUCACUUUCUCUUGAAAUUUACAGCCCAUCUAACAGCCUGUGUAGGAGUCGGGAAAUAUCAGAGGCUGCCUCCUCUCAGUACGGAGCACACAGUUAUCUGCCAUCCCAACACGGAGUACCAGCAGGGACUAUUUCUGUUCCCUGAAAUCAAGCCCUUGGCAAGGCCUUUGGCCCAAACACUCUGUUCUUGGAGAUCUGAGAAUGAUGCGUUUCAGAAAUGCUCAUCCCAUACUGACGAGAGCAAGAUGACACUGUUCUGACCCAAAGACAAGAACUGUAGGACUGAGCAGACCUCAAAGACAUGGCAGCACAUCCGAUCUGAAGGUCGUGUGUACCGUGUCUCUGUACAUGUGCAUGUAUGUGCACGUUUACAUGUUUAUGUGUUCAAGGAGGAGUGUGCCGCAGAGUGCACCUGUGGAGGUCGUAAGUCGACCCUCAGGUGUUGCCCCCCUUGACUUCUACCAGGCUGUCUGGCCUGUGAGCUCUCUAGAGAGUGUUCUGGGUCUGCCUCCCAUGUCAGCACCGAGCACUGGGAAUACAGACACGUGUUAUCAUGUCCAGCUGUUCGUGGGUCCUGUGGGUCCGCACCCAGCUCCUCCCACCUUUGUGCACCAAGUUCUUCUCCCCCUGACCCACCUCCCCACACCCAGUCAUUUACACUACCCAGAUCAUUGUCUCUCCUGUCUCCCAAGCCUGGAGACUUAGUAAUGCCCAGGCCCCUUUGGGGGAAAAAUGAUUUUGAGCAAUUACACCUCUCUCCCGCUUACAUAGUCUCAUACAUUUCUUGUUAUUCUGGGUGAGUACUGCAUGCAGACAGAGGUUGCCAAUAAAGUUUAUUGUAGGAGCCAAGUGUCAAUAUCUGUAGUACCCCCCGCCUAGGGUGCUUGUAAUUAAAAUGCCACAGAUAGUCUGGGAGAGGCAUGAAAAUUUGAUGGCAAAUUGAUUUCAGGUUCAUCUUGAAGUUUGUCCUCAGCCGGACUCGAUACUCCUGGCAGCUGUGGGAUGGCUUUUGUCAAAAGGGUCUCCAGGAAUGAGACAGAGACGUCUUGUUCUGAAUAUUAAAUACAGCGUGCUGUUUAUGACAGGUUAUGUUUAGUGCUGAGUUGUACAGCUCCUUCUCUCCCACAUUCUCAUCCUGGAAAUGGGGAAGGGAGGCUUUCAGAACUCCGCUUCCCACGUGCAAAGAAAGAGUGGCUACGCUGACAGGUACGUUUGAAACACUGGCUCCGCACAUGGUGUGUUCUGUCCAAGAUUCUACGGGUCACAGAUGUAACUUGCAUUUACACAACCGGGCAUAACGGAAGCCAAGACAAUACGACAAGGAAGAUGGCCCUUCUUUGUAUUCUGGUAUUCUCUCAGAGUAGAAUGCGAAAGGGCCAUAGAGACAGAUGAAAGACUCAGUCUUGAGUAUUAUAAUUCCCAAAUUCCUAUAAACUUGCAUUUAUAUAUCACAUUAUAAGGGUCACUCCUUGUGAACUGUUCGUACAAAACUACGCUUUAGUGAUAAAGUUAUUAAAAACACAGGUUUGUUUCCAGAAUUUCAACUUGGAAAAGGUUGGCAAGAAAAAAUAA